AUGUCGUCGGAAGGUGGCACCACCGGCGGCAUCGCUAGAAAGCGCACGUCAGAUGAAGCUGGAUUGGAGCUGCUUCACCCUCAACCAAAGAGACCCUACACGCCGACUCCACUGGCCCAGCUGAACCACGAGCGGCAGGUUCUUGACAUCGCAGGACUUGCUGCUGGAGACUACAUUAGGAACAAAUUGCUCCAAAAGCCAUCUUCACCAGAGCUGCCGUCAUUCAUGUUACAGUCCCAGCCUGAUCCCGCAGAGUACGACUUAUCAUCGUCAGAGCUACACAGAGGCUCUCCAGACUACUCUCCAGAUUCACCAAUCUAUCAACCUGGCGCACCAAUUCACCAGGACACCAUGAGCCCAUCCUUGAGCGAGGUACCGAGCAGUCAAAUUAUUUCUUUAGACGAGUUUGAGGACCUCCAGCAUCAGCGCAAGUCUCAGGACAUGCAAGACAAUAUUAAGGCUCUCAUUGAGGAGCUCAAGGCACAUCAUGGCGGCAAGCACCCCUCCGAGUUUGUUUCCUUCCUGCAAAAGAAUGUUGAAGAAAAUGGCGUCCACAUGGAGACCAAGGACGCUGCAGUCAGCAAUGACGUUUCCACCCAGACCCUUAUCUUCUCGGCCAAACGCCAGAAGUCAGGAGAGCCCGCGAUCGCCACGACUCCUCUCACGGCGAACCGAUUCGCACACACUGGCCAGCGUCGAAGCUCGAUCUUGACCCAGAGCAACAUGCUCGUUAGCCCUAUUACUGCCUCGCCCAGCAUGAGCGACUGCCAGUUCUCGGACUUGGUCUCCAAACGUGCUGGCAAUGACUCUAAGCAGACCCCCCGCUCCCUGCUGUCCUUCAGUCGAGUGUGCAUCAACGCCGCCAUCGAGCCGGACGAUAAUAAUGCGAUGGACGCUUUUCAGACCACUGCUACACCCGAAUCUCGUUCGGUCACUACCGAGACGGAUGAACCCGAUUGGGUCACAAUUUACAACAAGGAGCUUGAGACGAUUCGUAUGAAGAAUCCCUUUGUCACUGGUAAGGGUGUCAUCAUCGUCAAGACCAGUCUCCGACAUCAACCAAAGCCCUUCAAUCAGCGCCAAACCCAUCGUGUCACCCCACUCGCACGCAAGAGCCCCCAACAAUCAAGUCGCGACAAGGACAAUAGCCAUAGAACGGCAACUCGCAAAACCCCGGCGGUGGCACCCAUGAGCAACAUAAUCAGCUUGGACUCAGAUGAUGAGGAAUCGCCAACUGACUUCAAUCCAUGGCGCGUGGGUGGGGCCGGUCGCCAAGGGAGUGAUGCUCCAGGAAGCCACCGGACACCAGGUCGCCAGAUCAUGCCAGCUACCACAGCCGCCCGCAGCCCACAACACUCAACUCACAUCCUCCACAAUGAAGGAGCUGUUGAUGGUGCUCACAGCUAUGGCAACUAUGAUGCUUAUGGUCAUCCAAACAGUGAGAGCUCUAUGGAUUCCUAUGGAAAGGAUUCUUACAUCAGUCACGAUGCCCUUAUUGAAGGUGGUGAUGAGUGGCAACUCGAUGCAAUGAAUGACUUCAGGCAGCAGGAGAUUCGGGAGGAUAGUCCUGGAUUCUACGAACUGAGUAAUCACAUGUCGGUGCCUGCGACAAAUCGCCUGCUUCGAUUUCAGAAUCGGUCUAGCAGUGUUGGCGAGGUUCCCAGUCCCUUGGCUGGCCAUCGCCUCAAGUUUCAAAAGUUUCUGGUUGAAGGUAGGAACAAGAACCUCUACAAUACUGAAAAGGCCAUUCAGCAGGCCCUUGAUGGUGUCUAUGGGGCUGUUCUCACAGUGGACGAGGACACCGCCAUCUUGGAUGAGUGGUGCCCUUCCAAUAGGCCUGAUCAGUACUGUGUGAUGAAGGGAUUUCCGCUGGUCGAAAGUGUCGAGUUCAUCGUCCAGCACAACCAUACCGUACCGGCUGGAGACUGCUACUGGCGUAGCGUUUCGUUUUGCCUCUACGGCUCUGGCGAUCAUUGGAACCUCGUCAAGUCGGAGCAUCUGGCUUAUGUCAAGCAUGUUCUUUCUCAGCCGGGCCAUGCCCGUCAUCAACUUUACGCUGAGAAGCUCAACAAGAAGUUCUUCAAUACAUCCAGCGCUGAUUCCAUGGGCAAUGGCCUGGAUUUGUUCCAAGCGAACUUAUACCAAGUCCUACACAUGGCGCACUCGUGGACGCCUGCUUUGAUGCAACAGGUCACAGCUGAUCUGUAUAAUAUCUGUCUCAUUGUUUUCACGUGUGAGAAAACGCUCGAAGGAGAUCCCAUCAUUACUGAGACUGCCGUUCGGGGAGCGUACAAUUCGCGCCAUAUAUUCAUGCAGUUUGUCGACAACAACCACUUCAAGCCAAUGUGCCCGAAUGAAUUCAAAUCCUCGGAAUUCCGAUACCCGCGGGUCGAUGUCGACAAGACGGCAAAAUUCACCAGAGCGCCUAAGGCGACAUCUACUAAGAGCACGCUACAGCACCCCUGGCGCAAUGAUUUCACCAAAGAGGUGCCAGCUCCAGUGCCUCGUAUCUGGAACUACGACAUGGCACAGUUGUCCCGCUAUAUGGGGAGCAAAUGA